ACUAGGCAGGCACUGUGGGAUUGUCGCGCUACGCACGUAACACACGGGUAUUCGCUGAGGAAAGGGAGAAUAGGAGUGUGCAUAUUCGAGUUGUGAGUGUUUGUGUCCGGUGAGCCAGACUGAGAUUGAGUCGGCUCCUCGGUUUGAUGGGGAUCCUAAGGAUUAUCAUGCCGCCCAAGUUUCAGCUCCUGGCGCUGCUGGCGUUUGCUGUGGCGAUGCUGUUCCUAGAGAAUCAGAUCCAGAAGCUGGAGGAGUCCCGGGGAAAACUAGAGCUCGCCAUCGCCCGGCACGAGGUGCGGGAGGUGGAGCAGCGCCACACCAUGGACGGCGGCAGGGAGGCGGCGCCGGACGAGGGCGACGACGUGGUCAUCAUUUACAACCGCGUGCCCAAGACCGCCAGCACCUCCUUCACCAACAUCGCCUACGACCUGUGCGGCAAGAACAAGUACCACGUCCUGCACAUCAACACCACCAAGAACAACCCCGUGAUGUCACUGCAGGACCAGGUGCGCUUCGUGCGGAACGUGACGUCCUGGCGGGAGAUGAAGCCGGCUUUCUAUCACGGGCACGUGGCCUUCCUGGACUUCUCUAAGUUUGGAGUGAAGAGAAAGCCCAUCUACAUCAAUGUGAUCAGGGACCCCAUAGAGCGCCUGGUGUCUUACUACUACUUCCUGCGCUUCGGGGACGACUACCGGCCGGGCCUGCGGAGGAGGAAGCAGGGGGAUAAGAAGACUUUUGAUGAGUGCGUAUCAGCGGGAGGAUCAGACUGUGCUGCUGAAAAGCUCUGGCUUCAGAUUCCCUUCUUCUGUGGUCACUAUUCAGAGUGCUGGAACACGGGGAGCCACUGGGCCCUGGAACAGGCCAAGUACAACCUGGUCAACGAGUACCUGCUGGUGGGCGUGACGGAGGAGCUGGAGGACUUUGUGAUGAUGCUGGAAGCGGCCCUGCCGCGUUACUUUCGGGGUGCCACUGAGCUCUACCGCACAGGGAAGAAAUCGCACCUGAGGAAGACGAGCGAGAAGAAGCCGCCCACCAAGGAGUCCAUCGCCAAGCUGCAGCAGUCGGACAUCUGGAAGAUGGAGAACGAGUUCUACGAGUUCGCGCUGGAGCAGUUCCAGUUCGUCCGCGCCCACGCCGUCCGGGAAAAGGACGGCGAGCUCUACCUGCUGGCGCAGAACUUCUUCUACGAGAAGAUCUACCCCAAGAUGAACUAGCGGCGCGGGGGAGCCCGCAGGAAGGGCCGCGAGCUUCGGCCUAGCGCCGCCGUCUCACACACCGGGGAAAAGAGGAAGAGGAAGGACACAUUUCUAAACAAAAUGGCGGGCCUGGACAUACGGUGCUCAGCAGUCUUCUGAACGGUACUUCUGCGGGCGCCAGUCCCCUCGCCGAACUUCGCUCGACUAGCCGGCCGUCGACCCACAGCGGCCACGGACGCUUCCUGUUACGAACGAGGGCCGGCCAGAGCCUUCGUCCAGAGGCCCGGCCUCACAGCGCCGACGUCUUUCAACCUCGUCACGACCCCCCCCCCCUCCCCUUCUUUCACUGCCAGGUGAAAGGUCAUGGACUCUGGGACACUGUUGCAGGGGUGCGGAGGAAAGUCACUGCCGUAUAUACCCAGCGAGCCACUUCAGCGGUGUACAUUUCAAAAGCGCGCUAGAUGUGCCCUCUUUCACACUGUUACAAGUCCUGUCCAAUCAGAGGGCGUUUUUUUAAAAAGUUAUUUUUCUUUUGUUUUUCGGUUUGUUGAUUUCUUAUGAACAUGGUUAUCAUGAUGUCUAGAAAAUUUGACACCCGUGUUUUAAAUGUGACAAAGGCAUUAUCAGGCGGUUUAAUGAAAGCCCCCGUGUCCCCUAGAGAGGACUACCGUCUUAACAAUGCUGUGGAAAAGUCGUACUCGUACUCUCAUCGAUGGUAAAAACGCAUCACGUGACAGACCCAGUCUAGAGUCUGUCACCUUGGUGGUUGUCCAGUUAGUACCAGGGUGAUGGAUAACGUGUCUGCACUAGGCACAGGCCUGCGUGCACAAGACCUCCAUUUUAAGAAUUGUGGUAUUGUACGUUCAUGGGAUUUUUGGUUUUCUGCAUCUUGUACACUUUUACCUGUAGGAGUAUUUUUGCUAGGGUGCUUUGUAAUGUGUUUACAAGCAUUGUAAUUACCGAGAUGGAAAAACAGCUGCUGUACAUACUGCAUAUUUUAUGUAUUUGGACCAAAAGGUUAUUAAAAAAAGAAAAAAAAAA